AUGGCCGUCACCCCAGGAAAUAGGUCUUCAAGGGCGUCUCCAGCACCAUCAAACAACUGUGGAAGAGCGUGUCAUUUGCGGCUAUAUAAAGAGUGGGACUUGAGCUCCCUCAGCAGUACUUCUCACACCGUCACAAUGAAACAAGUACUGUUCGUAGCUGCGGCUGUGUUGGUCUCCCAGGGCCAUGCUGAGCUGGGAUAUGGGUCUAGCGGCUCCGGAGGUUCUGGAGGGCUUGGAUCCUUUGGAGGCGGAUUUGGUGGAUCUCAAGGAGGAGGAUUUGGAGGUUCCCAUGGUGGUGGUGGUGGAUUUGGCGGCUCCUCCGGUGCUCUGCAGGGUGGCUAUGCUCCUCCUAGUCCAGCUUACGGAGCUCCACAAGGCACUGCGACAGGCUUCAGCGUCUUCAACCUUGGUGCUCCCAUAGGCGGCUACGGUGGUGGCUCCGGGCACGGUCGUGGAGGCUCUGGUGGACUGGGAGGUGGUCUUGGCGCCGGUGGUUCUCUUGGAGGAGGCGGAGGAUAUGGCGGAGCUGGUUCUCUUGGCGGCUUCGGAUCUGCUGGUGGUGUUGGAGGUCUUCACUCUGGUGGUGGCGGUGCUGGGGGCUUUGGUGGCUCCCACGGGGGGCUGGGUGGUCAUGGCGUCGUAGGUGAUACAUAUGGACGCUAAUUGGCUCACAAAUCUCGCUCUCUGACGUUAUGACAAAAACUUCAACUGACAUACGCUUAUCAUUUUAAGUACAUUACUAACUUAUUUAAAAUAUGUCUAAAGUUGUAUUUUCGUGCUUCUAAUGUAGUUUAAAGUGAUUAAAAAUAAAUUAUUGUAUAUAG